GUCUUCAUUCACUCGAUCACAAAAAAAAAAAGAAAAAAAAAAAACCUCUCUUUUAUUCUGCAUCUUAAAAUACAAGAAAAAUGAGAACUGGUGGAACCGUUACUCACACAUCUUUAUCAACAUCAUCAGCAGCAGCACCAAUCCAUUCUCCUUCGCAUUCACCAAUACCAUAUCUAUUUGGAGGAUUAGCAGCUAUGUUAUGUUUAAUAGCUUUGUCUCUGUUAAUACUUGCUUGUUCUCAUAAGAAAUUAUCUAGCUCCGUAGAUAAUGAUCGGGAAAGAUCAAGAGAUGAUGGUGAUGAAAAAUCAUCAGAAGAAGAAACCAUUAGAAUACCUGUCGUUUAUGGAGACCAAAUUGUUGUGAUUAUGGCUGGUGAUGUUAAGCCUAGUUAUUUGGCUACACCUAUUUAUCUUAACACUUCUUCUUUUGAACAUUCCAAAAUUGCAGAAAAGGAAGAUGAGAGUAAAUCUUCAGAUGAAAAGCCUAAAGAACAAGAAGAAGAAGAAAACCCACAUCAUGAUCAAAGCCAGUGAUCUUGUUUUUAGUCUUUUCUUUUCAAUUUUGUUAGUUUGCUUGCGGCAAUGUAUAAAAAUAUCUGAGAUGAA